UUGGCUUAGUAAAUUCUAGGAAGCCGGUUUGAAACGAGUUCAGUGCGUGGACCGCAACUUUUAAUAUCGUAUAGCGUAUUCAUAAGCACGAAAAAUGGACAAAGUUGAUGUGAAAGCUGGACAGAAAAUCUUACUAGGAGUAGAGGAUUGCAUUCGAGUUGGCGACGUUACGUUCGUUAAGAAACGUUGUUUCAUCCGAUUGAACAACAUACGAGAUGUUAACACUAACUCGGAACGUGGUGAGGAAUUUUACUACGCUCCCGAAAUACAAUCAAUUCGAAUCGUGGACAGUGUAAUGGAUCGUACACUGACGAAGAUAAAAAACCAUGUGUUCAUCAACCAGAUAGAUGUCCUAUAUCACGAAGCUAUAAAAUACAUACGACUGCAGGCGGAGUUCGGAGUAAAUAUGGAAUCUAUCGAGCACGGACGGCACACGGAAUUUCCAUCCCUGCUCUCCAUUGCUACGCUCCGCUGCAUUUUCAUUUUCGAUAUCCUUUGGAUUAGAAUACCAAAAGAUCUUGCAGAGCUUUUGAGCAGCGACCGUUACCGACGCGUAAUUCACGAUGGGCGUAUGAUUAAAGAUGUGCUGCUCCACCGCUACCAUAUAACGUUGGGGAAAUGUUUCGAUACCCUGGUCGCCCACAUUGCCACAAGGAAAGCUGCCGAGAAAGAGGUUGAUUAUAGACUGCCAAGCAUCGAUAUUUCCAUUCAAGACUGCGUAAUGAAAUAUUUUAAGAUUCCUGACAAGUUUUUCCGUGAAAAUGUCGACUUCUAUAAACGAAUGUUAUCAAUCGAAAACCAACUAGAAGCUGCAAAAAAUGUUGCUUUUCUGGUCGAUCUACAGAAUCACUUCUUGGCAGAAAUCAUGUUGGUCGAUGUUAUCAAGCGUUGUUCGGUUUGAUUGGUCGGCAUCCGACACCACUAAAAAAGACGAAUUUAAAAGAAUUUAUUACUGUUCCUUAUAUUUCAAACAUGAAAUAUACUGUUCCU